AUGGACAGCACCAGAGAGAAGAUUACUUUUUCAACAACUCCAGAGCUUCUACAAGUCAUCCACAAAUGUGAGAGAGUUACUGCACCAGAGAAAGCUCAGGGCCUCGGCUUCAUUAAGACUGCCGCUCAUCAGGUUCUUGAUGAGAUUCCUUUCAUGAAGGCUGAAGACAAGGACAAUUAUGACAAGAAGGUAGCCUUUGAUAUUCUGAAAUGGAUUUUCUCUCCUUCUGAUCCCGCCAGGGAGCUCGCUAUGAGAGGAAAGCGGUAGUGGAUUUAGUUAGCAGGCGUGAAAUGUGAGAGGUAAUAUUUUCCGGAGCUUUGCUGGUACAAGACUGGGUGAAUGCCUAGAGAGAGUUUGCGGCUUUGAGCGUUGUGCGACGGAUUUGAAUUUUGGCGGAGCGUACAACAGCAGUAACCAAAUGUCAUAGCAGCUUGGUAACUGGGUGGUAAAUAAAUGGAAUAGUGUUGAAUCAUGGAGCGAAUUUUGAAAAGGACUCUGAAGUUAUAUUAAACAGGG